CCAGACGCCCCGCCGAUCGCCAACUACACGGGGAUUCGACCUCAAUAACCCUAUAUACCUAUUUUUCGAGCUUCCAAGUCGUCUCCGGACGCGCAAACCACAUCAUGUCGGGCGCUGCAAACCGUCAAGGAAAGAUGCAAAAUCUAAUCAACUACCGCAUGAAGGUAACGCUUCAAGAUGGUAGGCAAAUGGUCGGGCAGAUGCUCGCAUUCGACAAGCACAUGAACCUUGUACUCGCCGACACAGAAGAAUUCCGCCGCACACGGAGAAAGGGCAAAGCCGCACCGGGCGCAACCCAGCAAGUCACCGAAACCGAAGAACGACGCGCCAUUGGACUCACCAUUAUCCGUGGUGCUCAUGUCAUUUCACUGUCAGUUGAUGGGCCACCGCCUGCGGACCCCGCUGCGCGUCUCGGAGCAAACUCUGGACCUUCGACUACUGCGGCAUUGGCUGCUGGACCUGGUGUCGCUCGGCCUGCUGGACGUGGUCUCCCUGUUGGCUUGACUGGACCAGCUCCUGGCGUUGGAGCCCCUGGCCCUGGAUUUGGAGGUGGUUUCCCUGGCGCACCUGGAGGUUUUGGAGGGCCACCUGGCUUCCCAGGCCGUGGCGGACCACCUGGUGGACCUCCUGGCUUCCCUCCCGCUGGUGGACCUCCUGGCUUUGGUGGACCCCCAGGAUUCGGUGGACCGCCAGGUUUCCCUGGUCGUGGUGGACCUCCUGGUUUCGGUGGCAGAUAGAUGGACAACAACGCGUAGAUAUGAAGGAAAAUCACAAGAAGAAAUAAGCGUCGAGAUUGGCGAGUCACAAAUGCAACGCGCGGCGAUGUUGCGGAUAUCAGGGAGCGUAUCGGGAGACUAAGGAGAUCAAAGUCCAGCAGACAGUAGACGUUGCAAGUGCUCCAAGGUUUAGGCUGUGCUUGAAAACCGCAGAUGGCACUGACAAGGCGAGCGUACAUAGAUCAUAAGUGUACGAAAGGUUAGUUGGAGGGGUUUAAGAUAUACCAAUUGGCCUGCGGGCCUCAAUAAGAACCAGUCGCAGUGAUUCAAGACUUGGACUGUCGUACUUUUCGUCUGCACCCAGUCCAAUGGACAAUUUACUAG